ACCCCCACUGUCUCGCCAGUUGUCAGCUGACUGGUAGUUGGCAAUACAGUAGUUGUACAUCAUGAUCGCGACGCUGAAGUUUACAACAUUAUUACUUGCUGUUGUUGUCUGCCGGGCAACGCAAGAUUAUGGUUAUAAAGAUGUCGAGGAGCCUACCCUGGGCGAUUCUCAGUAUGGAUCUCUCUGGCCGUUGCCUCAGAAAGUCCAAAUGUCAACGGUAGCAUUCAAACUCAGCGGUGUUAGUUUCCAGAUAGUUGACGCGAAAGAAUCGUCUUCCGGUGCGAGCUGCAGCCUUCUUCAAAAUGCAUAUCGAAGGUAUGACGAAUACAUAUUCCCCAUUUCCAGAAUGCAAGGGCAAAACAAAAAGAAGGCAUUUGCCUCUGAUGUGUCUGAGUUACAGGUGUGGAUCACAUCAGCUGACUCUGAGUGUGACAACUACCCAAGUGUGACAUCUGACGAGUCAUACGAACUGUCGGUGGACUCUCCUGUUGCUGUGCUGAAAGCACCUAAGGUGUGGGGCGCGCUGAGAGGUCUGGAGACUUUUAGCCAGUUGGUGUAUGAGGAUGAAUAUGGAGCAAAAAGCAUCAAUAGGACAGAGAUCCAGGACUUUCCACGGUUUACACAUCGAGGCCUCUUAUUGGACAGCUCUCGUCACUUCCUGCCCAUCAAAGUCAUCUUAGCCAAUCUGGAAGCAAUGGCGUGGAACAAAUUCAAUGUGUUCCACUGGCACAUAGUAGAUGACCCCUCCUUCCCCUACAUGAGCCGUACCUUCCCACAGCUGAGCCAGCAGGGAGCAUACCACCCGUACACGCAUGUGUACACGCCCUCUGACGUGAAGAUGAUCAUUGAGUUUGCUCGCCUCAGGGGCAUUCGUGUCGUCUCUGAGUUUGACACCCCUGGACACACUCAGUCAUGGGGCAAAGGCCAGAAGGACCUACUGACCCCCUGUUACUCUGGAGCCAGCCCCUCUGGCUCGUUUGGACCGGUCAACCCUAUCCUCAACACCACCUAUGACUUCAUGGCCAUGUUCUUCAAGGAGGUCAGCACAGUGUUCCCCGAUGCCUAUAUCCAUCUAGGAGGAGACGAGGUUGACUUCAGCUGCUGGAAGUCCAACCCAGACAUCCAGAAGUUCAUGGCACAGCAAGGCUUUGGGACGGAUUACAGCAAGCUGGAGUCUUUCUACAUUCAGAGGCUCUUGGAUAUUGUCACCACUACCAACAAGGGCUACAUGAUCUGGCAGGAGGUGAUUGACAAUGGAGUUAAGCUGAAGGCCGACACGCUAAUCCACGUGUGGAAAGGCAACCAGCAGCAGUACCAGGCUGAGAUGGCAAGGGUCACAGCAUCAGGCUACCAGGCCCUGCUCUCCACACCCUGGUACCUGAACCGCAUCUCCUACGGCCAAGACUGGCAGGCCGCUUACAAGGCAGACCCACAGGACUUUAAUGGCACAGAUGCUCAGAAGAAGCUGGUGGUCGGCGGAGAGGCCUGUCUGUGGGGGGAAUACGUGGACGCUACCAACCUGACCCCCAGACUCUGGCCCCGUGCCAGUGCUGUGGGGGAGCGGUUGUGGAGUGACAAGGAUGUGAAAGACACAAACGAUGCUUAUAGUCGUCUGAUCCAGCACCGCUGUCGCAUGGUCCAGCGCGGUAUACCAGCUGAGCCUCUGUUUACAGGUUACUGUGCACAUGAGUACAAAGGGGUAUGAGCUGACAGCCACUGUGGGGCUACAACCUGAGAAGCAGCGUUAACCACAAUGAGAGAAAUAAUCUCACAAAUCAAACUUGUCUUCAUGACUUUAUUGAUGCACUGAUAUGAGCCAAAUUCUGCCUUUUUUAAAUGUUUUUUCAGAACAAUCCUAAUUCCAUGCAAUGUCACAAAUUGAUUGGUGUGUAGGAACACCUUUUUAUAUUGUUUAUGAAUUAAAAGAAACUUUUGCAAAGUU